AUGAAACCAAUUUUUGAAUCUCGAGAACCUCGUGAUCGUUCCGUUUUUCUCGGACAUUUAUGUUUGAUAACAGAUAAUGUUUUAAAAUCUUAUUGUUCUCGAUAUGGUCCAAUUCAUGAACUUAUCAUCCAUCGUGAAAAAGUUCAAAAUAAAUAUCAUUGUUUUGCAUUUAUUACAUACAAUUCUUUUGAAACUGUUAGUAAUUUUAUGUUGGAUCGUCCACAUUUUAUACAAAAUCAAGAAAUAAUGGUUAAACGUGCACUUUCUCGUUCUUAUACAAUACCCGAACGUCUUAUUGUAACAACACGUUUAAUGUUAUAUCAUUUGGAUCCUAAUAUACAUGAUAAACAAAUAUUGACUACUUAUUUUGAAAAAUAUGGAGAAAUAAAAUCAAUACAAGUACAAGGAGAUCAUGGACAAAUUGAAUAUGAUGAUUCUGAUGCUGUUGAUGUUGUACUAUUGAAACGACCACAUUAUAUUAAGAAGAAGAAAAUAUUCACCACAAAGUAUGAUCAAAGUGAAGAAAAUAAUGAUAGACAAAAAUAUAACAAAGAAGAUGAACGACAACAAAAAUCAUUAUCUUGUCGUUCUAACCAUAAGGAAGAUAACUCAUCAGAUAGUGUUGAAAAUCAACAGGAAGAUGAUGAAGAUCAAUCUUAUCCAUCUAGUCCAUUACCGUUAAUAGCAUCAGCUGUUGUUGUAGUCAAAAAAGAUAAAGAUGAAGAAAUUCGACAAUUAAAACUUGAUCUUGAUCAAUAUAAAAUUGAAUAUGAACAUUUGCAAGAUACAAAUCGUGAAUUAUUAUAUGAAUAUGAUGUAUACAAAAAGCAGCGAGAAUUAGAGUUGAAUGAAUUAAAACAUAAACAUUUGACUCAAUUGGAAAGAAUUAAAUUUGAACAUCAGCAAAUAUUAGUGCCAAUACAUCAAAUGUUACAAGAAUUUAUGGUCUAUAAACAAAAACAUCAUCAAGAUAUUAUGGAAUAUGUUCAACAACAAAUAACAGUAACAAUUCCAAUGACAUCAAUGCAAAUCUCAAAUGAUGAAUCAUCAAAAGGUGUCAGGGGUAAUUACAGAUAUAUUUCAAGUAUAUAUGAAAGAAAUAACUUGAAACCACUUUUAGGUCGUGCGCGUGGCUAUAAUCGUGCUGAAAUUAGGGAUAGAUUACGAAAUAUUGAUGCCUGUGAUGAACGUUCAAAAUCUGUUGUUAGUCCGGUUAAAUCGAAUCGUUUAUUAGUGCCAACCGUCAGUUCGAAACAACCAAGUUUGAUUCCAGAUGGUUGUACUAAUGAAAUGGAAGGUGUAAAUUAUUUUGUUCGUGCAUUUGAAGAUCGAUAUGAUACAAUCAAUUUAAUCUGGUACAUUGGUACAUUGCAAGAUGCAGUGAAAAAUUUAUUAAAUGCUCAAGAGAAUCGUCCGCUGAUUAUCUAUGUACAUCAUGAUCGAAGCAUCUGUGUAAAUAUAUUUGUCGAACAAGUACUAGGAAAUUCUUCAAUUAUAGAAUAUUUAAAUUCUAAUUUUGUCAUGUGGCCAUGGGAUAUAACAACUGAUUCAAAUAAAAAAGAUUUAUUCGAUUCUUUAUCAUCAUUGAUCGAUGUAAAUUUAGUAAUACAACUUAGUUCAGUUGACUUAGAUAGAUAUCCGUUACUGAUUGUUUUAUCCAAAGAAUAUAAUGAAAUUAAAAUGUUAACAAUUAUCCAAGGACAUCUUAAUGCUGAUGAAGUCUACGAUCUUCUCAUACAAACACGAGACAAAUCCGAAAAAUCAUCUUCCACAUUAUUUAGCAUGAAAUUAAAUGGAAUAAUCUCAUCUUUGGACGACGAUGAUGAUGGUUCGACACGAACUUCAAAUACUGAAGAACCAAUGGAUUUUAAUUCAACAAGUUAUUCUUAUAUUCAAGGAUUAAAGUUUAAUCAACCAUAUAAAGGAUCAGUUUUAUCGGCAAAAAAUCCACAUUUAGUCACAAUACAAUUAGCUGAUGAUUUGGAAUAUAUGCAACGGUUUUUAAAAACAUUAGAUGAUUAUUACAAAUGUCGGAUAAAUGAUCCUCGUUUUGAGCUUUCUCAUGAAUUUAUUCGUUUAAAUUUAUGCUGUGUAUGUUAUGAAGUGACUGCACAGAAAUGGUCUCGUAGUCAAAUUUUAAAUUUCGAUUAUAAUACAUGCGAUUUAUAUUUGGUCGAUUCUGGCAUCUGGCUCGAGUCUGUGCCACAUAAUCAAUUAAGAUAUAUAACAACACAAUAUCAGCAAGAACCUGUACGAAACCUAACCUGUCGUCUCGCUGAUAUAGAACCGAUAAAUAAAACUCAUCAAAACAAAUGGUCAAAUCAAUCAAUCGAUCAAUUUCAUUCAAUUAUCCAAAAAUACGGUCAAAAAUGUGAAUUUGAAAUUAUUCGACAGUUCAACCGAUUCUAUUAUGCAAUUAGUUUAAUUUUGACGCCGAAACACUCAUCCUGUAUUUGUCUAAAUGAUCAUUUAGUAUCAACUAAACAAGCAAAACUGAGCGUGAAUUAUUAUUCUGAUAAUUUAUUUGAUGAGAAUAGUUUAUCUGUGCAUCCUGUUGUUCACGAAUAUAUUCGACAAGGCGACUUAAAAUCUGAAAAUGAAAUUAUAGAAGAAAUGAAUUUGUGUGCAUAUAUUAAAGUGGUUCAAGCAACGUAUUUUGAUCGAUUAAUAUUUGUUCAUUUUAAAUCACGUCAAGUCUGGAUUCCAUGUUUGACUAUAUCACAUAUUCUAUGUAGAUUAAAUCAAAAUACAAUUGAAUAUUUGGCCAUCAAGAAUAAUUUUGAAUAUGUUGCAAUUUCAGCAAUUGAAUAUCCUAAAUUAUAUGCAAAUAUUCUUCGAGCACUAAAUGAACGACAAUCAUUAGAUGAUAUUAAUGGUCAAAUUAAUUUAUAUUCAAUUGACUUUGUUAUAUUUAUAUUGACGAAAUAUCGUUAUGAAGAAUCAAUUACAUACGAGUUGUUGCAUCAAGCUAAUAAUCCACUAGUAUCACAUAAUAAAACAUUCUGGUCACAAAAUAAUAUUGACCGAAAAACAAAAGAAUUAUCCUGUAAUUCACCAUGA